CUCAGGAGUAGCUUCAUUGGAAUAAUUCUCCAAGAAAGUUACUAGUCAAUUUGAACCUAACCAUUUCUUCUUCCAUAUCCCGUCGACCAAGAAAAGGCUCAUUCUGUAGCAAUGUCUUCUGGAGCCCCAGAAUCAAAAGACACGAUAUUUGCUCGUGAUGAGGCUUUCUGGAAUAAUUACCUCAAAGGUCGACCAAAGCCUCCCCAGAGCCUCUUUGAUCGAAUAUAUGCUUAUCACGAGCAGCAUGGUGGCAGAUUUGAUAUUGCUCAUGACGUUGGUGCUGGCAAUGGGCCUUAUUCUGCGCAGCUACGAUCCCGAUUCAAGCACGUCAUCGUAUCAGACAUCGUCGCUGAGAACGUACAACUCGCGGAGUUGCGCUUGGGCACCGAUGGCUAUAGUUAUCGUACGGCGAAAGUGGAGGAUGCAGAUGACAUCGUUGAAAGGAGCGUCGAUCUAGUCUUCGCAACGAAUGUACUGCAUUUCCUAGAUCAACCAACCGCCAUGCAAGCUAUUGCGAAGCAACUACGCUCGGGUGGCACUUUCGCAGGUGCAGGGUUUGGUCCUGCCCUUUUCAAUGAUGCCAAAGUCCAAGAUGUCUGGAGCCGCAUAAGCCAGCAGGGUGGGCGCGUGCUCCUUCGGGGGAUAAACGACAUCGAACAGACCAUCAGAGUCAUGAAGCGCACACAAGACAAAUAUAACAAUGCUCCGUUGGACGAGCAAUUCUUUAUACCUGGAGCGCAGCGAGUGCACAUCAACAUGGACAAAGGAGGAAUCACAGGGCUUCUUCCACCAGAGCACGCUGAAAAGUUCGAUGAGCCCAUGUACACAGGCCCCAACGAUGUAGAAACCUUCGUGAAAGAAGACGGAUGGAGUUUUGACUGGACAGUGGAAGAGUUUAAGGAGCACUUUGAAUCAUUCCCACAUUCUAAAAUAGACCCGGAGGCAUUCACAGAGCUGUGGGCGGAGUUGAAUGAGUUGCUUAAAACUGGAAGUCGUCUUGACGGAGUAUUCCCUGCAAAGCUUAUCAUUGCAACUAGGCGUUGAAUGCCCUGAAUUAAAAUAUGUCUAUGCUGAUCAAGCAAAAUGCAUUUGGUCUGAGAGUUGUACUUAGUAUUGCUUAG